AUGGAUGGAUCUCGAGCCUAUCUCCCGGCGUAUCUCCUGUGGAACCACUAUGGGCCUUACCAACGUGUGCCCUUCCCAGAAGUCGAUCUGAAAGAGGUCACGGGCUCCUUGCGAAGGCCAAAGAGCGAGGGACUGAUAAAGGUGAGAUUGCAGCCAGUGCCCGAUCCAGGCAAACGGAGUGUUCACCACACUCACUCCAGUAUUUGCCUGAGAUUGCGGCGAAACAGCUACGAGCGGACGCUGCUUUGA